AUGCACGGGCCAACCGCUGAAGUGAACAGAGUAGCUCCCUAUCCGUUGUCAACCAUCAACUUUACCCCACGACUCUCGCUAUCCCUUUCUUCAUUGUCUUCACUUCUGUCAUUGCCUCAAGUCUGCGCUAGUUUAGUCAAAAUGGUCGUUCUGGCAGCGUCGAUAUGUACCCGCGGAGGUAAAGCGGUUCUCUCGCGUCAAUUCCGCGAGAUUUCCCGAUCCCGAAUUGAAGCGCUACUUGCGUCUUUCCCCAAGCUUGCAGACUCCGGAACCCAACACACCACCGUGGAGCAGGACAACGUGCGCUUCGUGUACCAGCCACUCGACGAGCUGUACAUUAUCCUCAUCACCAACCGCCAAUCGAACAUCCUACAAGACAUUGACAGUCUUCACUUGUUUGCGCAAGUGACUACUAGUAUCUGCAAGAGCCUGGACGAGCGGGAGAUUCUCCGCAAUGCCUUUGAACUUCUCAGUGCAUUCGAUGAACUGGUGACCUUGGGAUACCGCGAGAAUCUCUCCCUGUCCCAGAUCAAGACCUUCCUGGAAAUGGAGAGUCACGAGGAGAGAAUCCAGGAAAUCAUUGAACGGAACAAGGAGUUGGAGGCCAGCGAAGAGCGCAAGCGCAAGGCGAAGCAACUGGAGAUGCAGCGCAAAGAUGCAGCUCGCUCAGGUCGAACUGCGGCUCCUAGAGCUCCUUCCUACCCUGUCUACACACCCCCAGCGCGCCCAUCUGUGCCUGAUACCUACGACUCAUACGAAGCUGAGAAGAAGAAGUCGUUCGCUAAGCCUAUUCCCACCCGUGGCAAGGGUAUGCAACUAGGCAAGAAGUCUAAAGCAACCGAUAUUUACGAGAAGGUUCGAGGCGAUAUGGGCCCUGAAAUCGAAGAGGAUACCCCAUUGGUGGCUCCACAAGCUCCAUCCCCCGUGCAAGAUAUUUCCUCGGCGCGCCAAUCUCUCAACCCAGACCGGGAACCCAUUCAACUCACAAUUGCCGAGACCAUCUCGGCCACACUCACUCGCGAGGGAGCUUUGAAGUCCUUUGAGGUUAAGGGUGACCUGCAACUCCGCAUCUCCGAUCCCUCAUUUACCAAGCUUCGACUUGACUGCCAGGCUGUUCCCACACACGGUGCACAGUUCCGGACUCACCCCAACGUCGACAAAGCGCUCUUCGCCGAGUCUUCCACAAUCCAACUGAAGGAUACUUCCAAGCGAUUCCCCGCCAACAACUCGAUCGGCGUUCUCCGGUGGCGUGUGGCUAGCUCAGCCGACAAUGCUGAUAUUCUUCCCAUCACAUUCACCGUAUGGGUAAACAAGGGAUCUGACUCGACCACUGUUACCGUGGAGUACGAGCUUACUGGUGAAGACAGCCUCCGUGAUGUUGUUGUCACCAUUCCAUACGGCUCAUCAGAGCCUGCAGUAUCUAGCUUUGAUGCGGUGUACGAGGUUUCCGGCGACAGCCUGGAUUGGAACCUGGGAGCUGUGGAUGAGUCGAACGCAUCUGGCAGCUUUGAAUUUGAGGCAACCGACUCUGAUGAGAAUGAAUUCUUCCCCAUGAGCGUUCGCUUCACGAAGACUAAGCCAUUCGUGGAUGUUGAUGUGAGCAAUGUCGCUAUGUUGGACAUGGAUGGUGAAAGCACUGCAUUCUCAAAGGAUAUUCGCAGCGUCGCGGAGAAUUUCCUGAUUGAGUAA